UCCAGCCUGUUGUCAGGGAAAGGGCAGAUGGCAGCCUGAAAAUCAGCCAAACCUACAGCUGCGAUUGCUGGCAAUGUCAACUCAGCAAGUUGGAGGUAUCAAUAAUCUUUAGGUAAUCUUCCUUUAAUUUUUUUCGUCAAAGUCAAAAUCAAGUUAAAGAAAACAAAAACAAAAAUCUUCUAGCCUCCCAUCAUAGCACUGUAGUAAAGAACUCCUAUUCCAUCGAGGCAAUCAUUGGCCAACAAGUCAUCUGCCAAUCCAUCAUUUCCCAACUAAUCUCUAGUCAACCAUUCCUUGGCCAAGCAAUUCUCAAUUAAUCAGUCUUCAAUCAACCAUGUAAGGGUCAAUUGGAUAUUAACCAAUCAAACAUACACCAGUAACACUUAGAAGAAAUGAACUAAUCAGACAUAAAAUUACUUGGUGUGAACCAACUGGAUAUGAACCAAUCAACCACAAGCCUAUCUAACAGGAAUCAACUGGACAUGACACAGCCAAACAUAAGUCAACCAGGACCUUGCCAAGUAGGUGUGAGACAAUCUGGCUUCUGGCAAUCAGGUCUAAGUCAAUCCUACACAAGUCAAUUAAACAUGAGACAGGCAGGUUCAAGUCAAUCAUAUGUGAGUCAAUUAGGCAUCGGUCAACCAGGCCUAAACCAACAACAAAGCAUAAAUCAACCAGGCAGGAGCCAGUCAAGCAUGUCGCAAUCAGGUGGAAGUCAAUCUUCCACAAAAAAGCCAAGUAUGAAUUAUUUCCAAGUCAGACCUGCAGAGGUUCAAGACUGUCCAGAAAUCCUGCGCCUAAUUAAAGAAUUGGCUGCCUGUGAAAAUAUGCUUGAUGCAGUGAAGCUAACAACAACAGAUUUAAUCAGAGAUGGAUUUGGGAAGAAUCCUCUUUUCUACUGUCUUGUUGCAGAAGUAGAUAAUCAACAAAAUCCAUCAGGCAAAGUAAUUGUUGGAUUUGCCAUGUACUAUUUCACGUAUGACCCUUGGAUUGGCAAGUUACUUUACCUAGAAGAUUUCUACGUCAUAAAAGCAUACCGAGGUAUAGGUAUAGGAGCUGAGAUGCUGAAAAAGCUAAGUCAGAUAGCCAUCAGGAGUCAAUGUAACUGCAUGCACUUUCUUGCCAUCAUUUGGAACCAGGCAAUAAUUGACUACUAUACACAUCAAGGGGCUUUAGAACUUUUCUCUGAGGAAGGCUGGCAUCUGUUCAGAUUUAACAGAGAAGAACUCAUCAACAUGGCAGGAGAAUGAAAGGUGACUCAUCAACAUAUUAUUCCAACAUAAGCAUCAACAUCUGAAUAUCAUGAGUUCAUCAGUUUGAGAAUUUUACA